AUGAUGCUCCUCAUGCAAAUCAAAGUCCGCUCCUUCCACGACCUGAACAAUGCCCUCUUCGGCCUCUUCUUCGCUCUCGCAACCACGGCCGUCAUUUAUUCGGUCCUGAAAUGGUUCGUAGGUGGUCUACGACCUCACUUCUACGCUGUCUGCCAGCCGCGAGCCAGCGCGAUACUUGAAGCACAAGCUGCCGAGCGAUUGAUGUGGUUCGACGUUUCCGUUUGCACGAACCGGGACAAGAGAGCUAUCGUAGAAGCCAUGCAAUCGUUUCCAUCCGGGCACACGGCAGCCAGUUUCGCCGUCGCGGUCUACACAACACUGUACUUCAACGCAAAACUCAAGAUCUGGUCCGACAGCCGUGCGAUCCAUUGGAAAUUAGUACUUUUCUGUUUACCAAUACUCGGAGCGGUCAUGAUUGGAUCGAGCAUGAUAAUCGAUGGGUCACAUCACUGGUAUGAUGUUCUUGCUGGUGCGGCUUUGUCAGUUUCAACAACAGUCAACAUGACCGUCUACGAGCUCCGGAUCUACACAACCCUCCCCGGCCGCAUGCCCAACCUCCUCGCCCGCUUUCAAGAUCACACCCUCAAAAUCUGGGAGAAACACGGCAUCCAGCAAGUCGGAUUCUGGAACACCCUCGUCGGCCCUGACGCCAACGAACUGACUUAUAUCCUCAAAUGGGACUCCCUAGCCGAUCGCGAGAAGAAGUGGAAUGCCUUUUUCGUCGACCCUGAAUGGGUGCAGGCUCGAGCGGACAGUGAGAAGGAUGGUGCGAUCAAUGCUAAGGUGUCAAGCUCGUUUCUGACGCCGACGAAAUUCUCGGCUUUGCAGUAG